AUAUUUCUUUAUUUUUGUAGAAGGAAAAUAAUGGGAAACAAUGUUUAGAAUUGAAAGUUACAUUACAACAAUUAUUUUAAGCUAUGUUGAUCGCUAUAUUAGCAAUUUUAAAAGGAAAGAUGCACAGGUUUCCCUUUGGGAAGGAGAUGCCGUCUUUCAUAAUUUGGACUUAGAUCUGGAAGUAUUAGAUCAGGAAUUUAAUUUACCCUUUAGUUUUGUUUCUGGUCAUGUUCAUGAACUUCAUAUUCAUGUACCAUGGACUCGAAUUGCAUCUGCGCCUGUCAAAGUUACAAUCAAUACAAUUGAAUGUGUUAUGAAAUUAAAACGACCUGGACAGGAACAAAAACCAAAGAAAAAGAAGAAAAAAACAUCAGCAGCUUCAGAAGAGACUCCGCCCACUUAUACAACUGCUCUUGCUAAUAAAGUUGUAUAUAAUUUGAAUAUUACAUGCAACAAUUUGAUACUGAAAUAUGUAGAUGAAGAUAUAGUUUUGUCCAUGAAUAUAAAAACCUUGAGCAUAGUUACUGUCAACAAACAGUGGAUUCCGAUGUAUUGUGUACUGACUCCUGAUAAUUUGAUUUUGAGAAAGUUAGUUUCAUUGAGUGAUGUUACAAUUUGUCUUGACAAACGAAAUGCUUCAGGAAGAAUAGAAUCAUAUUUGGAACCAUUACUCUAUAAGUGUUCGUUGAAAAUCAGAAUUAGUAAGACUUUUCCUUUCCUCAACAAUUUUAACGCAAUAAAGACCACGAUUGCUGUUCACACAGAUGAUGUAACCCUCAGCAUUAGUGAACCUCAGGUCACAAUGCUCUUGCGUAUUAUACUUCUUGCAAAAGUGGCCUUUAAUCCUCCUAAAAAUGGUUCAUCCUCCAUCAUACAGAGUCCAGAAAAUCUCUUGGAAAAUCCAGGAGAUAACGGAGAAGAAGGACAAUCUUGGGGUGCUUGGGUGUGGAACUUGGUUCCGUCGAUUUUUCCGCCCUCUUAUUAUGACAAACCUGAUCUCACUGAAAAACUUCAAUCCUUGGAUUUUGCGGUUUAUAUUGAUUCAUUUAGGCUUAACUUAAAGUUAAUCGAAGAAAAAAAAUCAUGGCAGAGUUUUAUGAAAGCUGAAUUUUAUGGUUGUUUUUUAGAAAUGCUAACUAAUACUCCCAACUGGACGAAUGUACAAUGUGGCAUAUCAUAUCUUACUAUUUUCUCUUUAUUGAAAACAGAUGAGGAAGUGGCAUUUGUCAAAUGUGGCCAGAAAGUUGUAGAAAGUAUGAAAAAACCUCUUUAUGAAGAUCCGGAUAAGCACAUUUCUCAGAAAUCUUGGGAACAGCACAUUUCAUUUAAUACAGAAAAAGUUCUCGCCGAGAGAGCACCAGCUUUUGUUGUGGAUUUCAUAUCAGCUAUUGAAACUCCUCCUGAAAAUUGGAUUGAUGAUUAUCCCAGUGUACAACAGGAACGAGUUCUUACUAGAUUAGUUCUUGGAAUUCUGGAAAUAAAUGUUACUCCUGAUUGUUUAGAGAAAGUUGAAGUGAUCAAGAAAUCAGUGAAUAACUAUGAUUAUCCUUGUUAUGUUGGAACAUCUACUAUAACAAUGGAUGAACCAGUUCAGCGUGUUAAAGAGGAAAAUCUACAAGUUAUAGAAAGCUUCUACAUUCCACAGGCAGUGUACCAAUUUACAUUGGUUGAGGUCUCAGUGAAUGUUUUUACAAGAUUUCCUUCAACAACUUCUAGAAUCAAAAUGUCAAGUGAACUUUUCAAGCUAAUUUCGAACAGGCAACAACCAUAUCUGUAUUUGAAGAUCAAAAGCCUUGACGGGAGUUAUGUGAAACCACUUUACCCUGAAACUCUGGUGAUGAUAAAAAAUCAGAUAUCGCCCACAAGAGAGUUAAUAUCUGCAUCUAUGACAACUUUAUCUGUAACUUUACUGGCUAUUAACAUAGGACUUAAAAUCAAUGGUGUUGUCUUGCCAGAUAUGGUCAAUUUGUACAAGCUUGGGUGUUCCGCAUCCUUCAAUUCAAUCUUUCAGUCUGAACCAGAUGCGAUAUGUCAACAUUGUACUUUACAAAUGGAGGAAUGCUCAAUAUCUAGUUCCAAAGCCAAAUUGAUGCUUUUUGUCAAUCUAGUGGAAUCUCUCCUUUCUGAUAGCUGCUCAAGUGCGCUCCUGAAUACUACUCUCAUUCAAGAUGUGGUCAACAGUUCUUACCUUCCGUAUUUAAAAUUUUCUAUUUACAAAGUACAAGGUGUUUUUGCUAAAAGCCAAGUUAGUGAAAGUAUUAAACUUAAGGUUGGAAGCCUUGAUGCAUUUUCAUUUUACCUUAAGGACCCGCAAAAGAGUUUUACUUUUCUUUAUGCUGGGAGGAGCCUUGAUUCUUCUGUUUUUGAUGGAAUAGCUCAAAGACCUGUGAAUGAUUCUGUAGCUAUACCAUUCUUAGUUUAUUUUAAACUAUGGCAGUUUCAUAUAAAUCUUGACCCUUCAAUAUUUAAGUGGCUUAUGUACAUGCCUCAGGUUUCAUUUGGGAAUAUACAAUGCUGGACUCCUCUCGGAUCCUGUGUGAGCAGAAAAAUUUCAAAUAGCAGUGUCAGCAGUAAUAAAAAGCUUUCGGAGGUCAAAGAUGUUAUAAAAGAUAAAAAUAUUAGCAUCAUUUCAUCAAGCACUUCUAAAUCUAAUUUUAACUUUGAUUGGCUCAUGAAAUGGCUUUCUUUGGCUGUAUUUGGAGAAAUAACUGAUGUUCGGUUCACAUAUACUAGCUUUCCGACUGAAAAAAAUUGCAUCCUUGUCGUUUGGGUUCCAUCUGUUUGUUUAACUUCAGCUCAAGGAAAAUUUGCCGUAGAUACUGAUUCCUUGCCAAUUCCUUAUGGCAUAUUAAAAAAAAAUGUUAUUGCAUUUCCAUUAAGAUUAGAAAUAAAUGGAAUAUGUGGUUGGAGUGUCUCUGAUGGCAUAAAGGAUAAUUUUAUUGAAGAAUUCAGUACGACUUGCACGAUCGCUCUUACUACACGUGUUAUUCCAUCACCAUUAAUAGCUUUCACUUUACAUAUCGAUACAAGCCACAUAUCGUUAUCCCUUACACGAAUUCAAAUGAGCUGUUUGGCAGAUUUCUGCAUUAGUUCCACUAAAACGUUAAAUAUAAUAUCAAUGGGCUUAAGCAAUAUGGGCGAGCCUCUGAUUAGCCCAGAAGUAAAAAUGACUGGGAGUGAGGAGUCGAUGACCAAUUUAGAUAAUUCUCCUUCUCAACUAUCUAACAUUUCUCCUGCUGAAGAUGACAAAAAAGGCGGAAUCAAAUUUUCUUGUUGGCUUCAGUGGACGUUAACUAAGUUAACAAUUUCACUGUAUGCCAAGCCUUUGCAAACAUCAACUGAGUCACUAAAGUUGUCUCUAGAAUUAGAAGACAUUAUUUCAUCAAUAGACAUCGAUUUGGUUCAUGAAAAACUAAAAAUGAAAAUCGGUUCUUCUACCAUUAAACAUUACGUUAGUGACCCCAAUAGUGGCUGGAGGGUAGGUUGUUUCGGAGGUAUUAUGAUGCGAGCUCAUGAGUCAAGUGGAAACAACUCAGAAUUCCUCUCAUUAACUGUAACUCGUGCUACUGCGGCCAAUGUUCAUAAGAGGAUUGCUUCUUCAUCAAAAAUUUCUUAUAAGGAACUAUCUGCGGGACAAGGUCCAGAAGAUAGGAAUGUCGUAGAAAUUGUGAUAAAACUUGAACCACUCGAUUUCAUCAUCUCACCCCUGGUUUUGAUGAGAUUCGUAUCGAUUGUCGAACCAAUAUUGGCGCAGUCUGAACCUUUGUCUCAGCCUAGCCCCCCUCCUGGGCCUCCUCUCUCUCAGUUCACGACUGCCGACCUACCUCUAGUUUAUUUCGACCUGCAACAAGUCAGAAUAUUUCUGUGUUCUUCAGCUCAACCAUCAUCUAAGCCUGAUACACUUGCUAUACAGAUUGAUGAUAUCACCGUCCGUUCUGAAGCAGUGAAUCCAGUAUCUCGAAAAAUUUUACGCUCAGGCCUCAGCCGGAUGACAACUGUACCAGGAUCAAAAAAUGAGGAUCGUCAAUAUCAGUUAGACCUUUCCAUUCAAAUUACAACAGGUAAAUGGAAUGAUCUUGAACCUCUUAUUUGUGGUAUCUCCGAUACUGAUGAGAAUCCAGCCGUCACGUGGAAUACUGUUGGCGCACCUCAAGCUGGAAAAGGAGAGCACAUGGUUCCUAUCCUCACUAAACUUGGCAUUUCUUUCAUCCUUGCGCCACCAAUUCUCACGGCAGGGGUUCUUGUCUCUGGACUGUAUUUUGAAGGCAACAUGAUUUCCGAAGCAGAAAUAAGAUUGAGCACCGACCAGUUGAAACUUUGUUUUUCCCUUCUCUCCGAGUUAGCUAGUGUUAUACCUGAAACACCAGAAGCAAGUUUUGAAUUGGACAGUGGAAUCGAAUCUGCAGACGGAUCUAUAAAUGUUCCUCCUUUUAAAAAAAUCAGUGAAAUAACAAAACCUGCUUUGCCUCCAUCACAGAUAAGCGUAUCUACAUCUACUUCAAUUAAUACGAGAGGGAUACGACAAAGAACACAAGUAGUUCCUUCAGACAUUCUGAUCACCGGUAAAGGCAUAACACUAAAACUUUUUUCAACUGAAGAUGAUAGCUCUUUAUUUUUACCGCUCUUAUAUGUUUCGAUAGUACAGCCUUACAUAUCGCUAGAAAAACAGGGAGAUACAACAACUUAUAAGGCAUCUAUUUUUGAUCUUGAUGUAAGACAUGGCAUAGAUGGUGUAAGUACGACUACUGUCGAGAAAGAUGAUUUCAUGUUUAAUUUCCUUCGAAGCAAGGAAGGUGACCCCGAUCCAUAUAAAGGUAUUCCACCCGCUCUCGCAAACUUUAAAUCCUCUUCAGUUGGAAUGAAACUCCCUUCGAUAGAAAUUGAGAUGGGAAGACCUCUAAAACUUUCUUUAAAAAUUUCCAGUUUACAGUUCCUUAAAUCACUGCAGGAAAUUUUACCUCAAACAUCACCAGAAAGGUCUCUUAGUUCUUCAAUAAGUAUACAAGCUAUCAGUACAAUGCCUUCAGUAUCUUCUAAUUCCUCUUCUGCGAACUUGGUUUCUUUCAAAGGCAGUUAUGGGGGUCAUCAUUUCAUGCAUUCAAUCUCUUCCUUUAACAUUACAACGAAACAACUUGCAGUGGAAUACUUCCCAAAAGAAUUAGGCAAGAGAACCUCUAUCAUGAGCAUUGGUGAACUUGAAGGAAGUGUGACAUUUCCUAGUACACAGAUAAGCUUUAAGCUAAAUUUAAGAGGAGUAGCUGCAUCUAUCGGAGGUCGCCUGAUACUUACGCCCUGGUCGAUGGAGUGCAAUGCUUAUCUUUCUUUAGAAAAUUGGUUGUUGCAACACCUUUUUAGAGCUUCGAUAAGUUCUGACAUCUUAGCCAUAGAGAUUCAUCCAUCUCAAGUUCAAGCCAUCCAAGACCUUCUUGAUGACAUCAAACCUUACAUUGAUACAAAUAAACAAACUAAAUCGAAAAAACCUGAAAAGCCUUCUCCUAAAGAUGAAGAUGAGGAAAUCUAUAAAGAUGAUUUGCAGACUGGUGCUUUUCAGUUUACGAGUGGAAGCGAUUUACCGUUACCUUAUCAAGUUACUUUUCCAUCGCCGGCAGUUAUGGCUUGGUCCUAUCCACACCCGAGGGCUAUUUCAUCGCUCACCAUUUUGCCCGUACCAUUCACUAAAGCUGUCUCCGGUACAGUAGAACUAAGUUUAGAGUACCUUGAUCCACUUCAGGGUUGGUGUAAAUGGGCAAAAGGGAAGCUGUCGGAAAGCCAGACCUCGAGGGUGGAAUUGCCUGCUCAGAAACGAACAGCUUGCGUUUGGAGAGUAAUACUCAACUGUGAUGACUUACCUAUACAGUCAAAGGCUUUAGGAGGCUGUGUUAGAGUGGACUCGGUGUUCUCUCGUAAACUGGUACCUGUUUUACAAAUAUCUACCAAUAUCGAUUGCCUCUCAGUUUGUCUUUGGGCUAAACCAAACAAAUUACAAUCAUUAAAUCAAUUCAGGCCUAUCGUUAAUCCUUCUGAUUACCCUUUCGCUACACUAGCUAUUAACUGUUUGCGAUUAGGAUAUCAUUCCUGGCAAAGUGGUGAACUUGAAGUAGAAGUUGAAGGACGACUGAAAAUGGAAGUUUUGAAUCCACGGAUCAUGAAGGAUAUUACCAUCAUACAUUCACUCCCGAUGAAACUUUCGUGUGCAUUUAAUGAUGAUCAACUGAACAUAGGAGUGGUGGGAGGAAUCGUGUCUGUUUUCUUAGCUCCUUCAGUUUCCCAUGUUCUUUAUGCUGCCAUUUCAGGAGAUCCUAUACAGCCGUUUAUAAUCUGUAAUGACACAGCGUUUACUCUUAGUUUUAGGCAAUCUGGCACAAGUGAAGAUAUUUUACUCGAUAGUUUAAACUGUUACUUUUAUUCUUGGAAGAAUUCAACUCGAAAGAUGGAAUUGCAAUUUUCUGCAAAUCGUCCUGAAAAUAGAGUUUGGAGUGAAGGAGUCUAUAUCGGUAAAGAAGGUAUUUAUCCUCUUGAAGUAACAGAUAACGGUGGCAGGAAGAUGACAGCACUAAUAACUGUUAAGAAUCUUUCUCCUGUAGUUACUCAAGUAACUUUCGGUGGAGAGUUGUUGGUGAAAAAUUUACUUGAGAAAGAUGUCAACGUGCGGGUAGUAGCUACUUCCAUCUCAGAAAGGCAACGAAUUAUUCAACUUUCAGGUGGAGAAAAAUGUGCCAGUGUUGUAUUGCAUAAAGAGUCAAAUUAUAGCCUUCGCUUAGCUCUUGAUCAUGGCUGGUCUGGCUUGAUUCCUCUUCACAACUCCAACGCAUGGCUUGUUAAAGUACCCUUACAAGAGAAGAAUGAAUUCUUAAGUUUGUGGUGCCAAGUUUUGAAAGAAGAACAUCCCACUCAUAAACGAAUAUUAGUACUCAUCAGUCCUAUGUACAUUGUAAAAUCACUUCUCCCUGGAAAUGCUAACGUACUUGUUGAAACACAAGAAUUACAGUCCAAUAUCAGCGUCACAGUACCUGGGAGAGGAACCCUCACUAAUCUUUAUGCACCUGGGACCACUGAACAUCGACACUCCCUAACAUUCAACAUUGUUGGCAACAUACCAUCAUCAUCCCCUCACGUGGUCCUUAAUUAUCUGGAUAUUGCCAGAAAUUCGUCUCCGAGAGCUGUAACGUUAAAUGAUUCUUUAGCUCUUGAGGAAAAUACAGUUAGCAAUCAGAAAAAUAUUUGGCCUUUCCUUGGUUCUCCUUGGAAUCAAGCAGUUUGGGUCGAUACACCGCAACCGUCUACUGUUACAAGAGUCAAGAUGCGUUUUUGUGGAGAAAAAUUAAAAGUCCCUCAUUGUAUCAUCGUUGAGCUAGAGCCAUGGUGCCUGGUUGUAAAUACACUUGGAAGGAGUAUAGCGUUUUUAGUUGGAAAAGAAGUAAUUUGUAAUGUUGUCCAUCUGUCUGUUGUAGCUCCUCCGUUAAUUGAAGAUGUCUUUCAUUUAUUAGUCAAAUUCUCGGAUGCCUCCGACGAAUAUCAUAAGUCAUCUGGUUUACAGUUGUCUGAUAAUCAAUCAUUUUAUAAACCCCAUAUUCCUGGGCUUAUUCCACAAGUUGCGACUGUUCAGAUUAGCAUCAAUUCUCCUUCAUCUGUUGUGUAUGCUGUAUUUCAUUCGAAAAUAGUGAAUAAUAUAAGAUUACUACAUGUUACUUCAGCCUAUGUCAUCUGUAAUCUUAGUUCACAAGAUCUAAAAGUUUCAUGUUUUUCUCUAAAAUUAGGAGGAAGAAAAUUAAGUGUGCCAUAUGAUGGCGUGCCGUUUAUUGAUAUUCCAAAAAGAUCUACAAAAGAUUUCUUAGGAGAGCCGAUUCCCGAGUGGAUUGAAAGAGGUGAUUCUAUUGACCGCAAGUUAUACCUCGUUUUCAAGAACAAUCUAGGACUCCCUGGCAAUCCAGUCCCAGUUCCAGAUAUGUCAGACGCCAGGGAACGAGAAGCUUUACUUCUUCCGACGGGCUCAGAGGAUGGUUGGUUUAACAUCCCUCUCUCAGUAAUAUUUCAGGAAAACGAAGGAACUACCUAUAUUACAAUAGAUGAUGAUCCAAACCCACAGCUGAUUGUUCAUAACCACACACCCCAUUGCCUUUAUAUAGCUCCAUCAGUUUCACAAGGUCAUGGUGCCAUUGAAGAAAGUGUCGAUUGGAACUGGUACUUCAGCCUGCCUCAGGGAAGGUGUGGCUACUACAGGGUUCCUGCCGCUCCUGGCAAGCCUCUGCCUUCGAUCGUCGUUGCGAGAGCUGCUUCUUCGUUGAUGUGGUCUAGCGCUAUAUCCCUGACAGCCUCUGAUUCAGGAGCUAGGCUAGUCGGACUCCCAGGCUCUCACGACCUGAUUGUUAGCAUCACAAAAAUCGCCUUCACUGUUCAUCUCACUUUAACUCCUGCGCAUCAGUCACUUAUUUCAGCUGCUGAUGUCCGUACUAGGUUAAGCCUUCAUGUUACAGGUGGUUCUGUUACUGCUUCUGAUGAAGAAAGGAAAAAACAAAAAGUACAAGACACUGCAAACCAAAAUAUUACAUGUAGAGAGGGCUGUUUAAAAGAAAUAUCAGAUUUGAGUAAAGUCAAAGGAACAGUUUUCAUUAAAGGAUUUCAUUUAACGCUCUGUGCCGAAUCCUGCGAUCGCCCUGAGUGGAGAGAAAUAUCAGUGCUAUCACUAGAGAAUAUAGUAGCAACCUUUGAUUGCAACAAGGAAAGAAAUAUAGGAAAAGCCAGUUUGAGGGUUUCUGUUUGGGAUAUUCAGAUUGAUAAUCAAGAGCAUCAAAAGGGUGGUUACGACUUCAGUGUCGUACUUCUUGGACGUGGUUGUAAUGUAGAUGGAAGUUAUGAAAAGAACGAUUUUGAAAGCAAUGAUAUCAACUCACUCGCAUCUUCUUACAGAGAUGGAUGUCCUGCUCUAGAUAUUACGCUCGGAAUAGAUGUUACCAAUAAGCCUGUUUUAGAAGACAUCAAAGUUUCAAUGUUGCCAUUGGAACUCUUCUUAGAAGAUACUUACUUAACAGAAAUAAAAACUCACUUACAAAAUAUGUUUCCGAAACUGCUACCAAAGUCUAAAGAAGAUGAUAGGACUAUAUCAUUGAAAGAAAAAAGUGAUGAUAACAUCGUCAAAGAUAGUAGUAAAGAAACAAACCUCGACGAACUGUCACCAUUCUCUGCGAGUAGUUCUGCAAUGGAUUUCAACCUUUAUGAUGAAAAUGAUGAGUUGGAUGAUGAAUUAGAGAAAUAUAAUCGCGUACCUCUUUCAAAUGAACUUCUGUCAUCAAGUUUUGAACUUUCAAGGCCACUGAAACUAUCCUCAUUGUAUAUAUCACCGUUAUCUAUUAGAGUGUCUCUUCAUACUUCAUCUAAGUUCUAUAUAGCUCUCGACCAGUCACCUUUGUCAUUUGCUGAGUUUAAACGGACUGAUAUUGUUACAUCUGCAUAUCGGCUAGGACAUGCGCUAACUCUACAUUAUUUUCUUGGAGCCAUCUAUGGGACAGGUUGGGCUCUCGGUUCGUUACAACUUCUGGGAGCUCCGGCUGGAUUGGCAAGAAGCCUCGGAGCUGGAUUGUCUUCCCUGGUCAGCCUGCCUUGCGAAGGACUGGCCUACGGACCUGCCGGGUUCUUGUUUGGUGUAUUCCAUGGUUCUGCUUCCCUUAUGAGGCAUGUCACUGCAGGUACUCUGGGCUGUGUUACAAAACUGGCUGGUAGCUGGUCAAGGACUCUUGACCGUCUGACAUUAGACAAAGAAGAUCUGCGGUAUGCUGAGGAAAUGCGACGAAUGCGUCCUCAUGGAUUAGCUGAAGGUUUAAAGCAGGGAUUAACUGAAUUCGGUGUGAGUUUGCUAGGCGGAGUUGGUGGACUUGUUCAGAGGCCUUUAGAAUAUGCGAUGGGAAGCGGUGGAUCGCUUGUAGGAAGCGUGAGUCGUGGCCUUGUUGGUGCCAUGACCCGCCCCUUAUCUGGUGCUGCAAGUCUUGUUGCUGUUACUACGCAAGGUCUUCUUGCAGAGGCAGGAUGGGCGCAAGUAUUGAAGACGAAACACGUUGCCGGCAGUAUCACUUCUGGACGUGAUUCUAGGUUAACUUAUGGAAGUUGGACACUUCUGAUCGUUGAAGCAACAAGCGGAGAACUGCAACCCUGUGAUCUUGUCUUAACAUUAAAUUAUUUAAAAUUAGUCUUUCCCAAUAAUGGAGAAAAAGAAUUUCUCCUUACAGAUAUUGUCAUUACAGGAGAUAAAAGGGAUCCUACCCUAAUAUUUAUCUAUCAGCAGACAAACUCGGAUAUUGCUGAGAAAUUGUCUCAGAAAAGAAUAACAGAAUACGUUAGAGAAUCUCAAAGGGCUUUAGGUUCUCCAUUGCCGCCAACGCCACCUUCUCUCGAUCCCGAGCCUUUGCUCUUUUAUCUCAAUCCAGAAGUGAGGGAUUAUUUUGUUUCCUACGUUCAAAUGGCAGCCAGACAUGCGUCUCGAAAGGGUUUCUUAGUGAUGGAUUUUGAUCCGGCAAAUGGUUAGAAAAGAUUGGAAUUAUAAUUCAUUUAAACUGAACAGUUGAUCGACUGAGAUUAGAAUAAAUAUUGCUUUUCCUUCCCGACCUAAUGGAUCCAAAGCAUUCAUUUGGGCAACUGCUGCAGAUACAGAAAAACAUAUCACUCAGGGGUACCUACAACUGUGUUGUCAUUACAGUCAUAAACAAUAAACUAUUAAUACAA